AUGAUGGAAGCAAAGGCUUCUUCCGUAUCAUCGCCAGCACAAGGGUUCCGAUUACCCACAACUCAUAAUUCGUUAAAUACAGCCAAAUCAGCUAAUGGUAGUUGGAGAGAAUUACGGUCAUUAUCCGGACUUCAUGAUAACGGAGCUAAUUCAUCGAAAUCAUUAUUACGGACCGAUAUAUCAAUUGAUGACAGUUCAUGUAUUUGCGUAAAUCAAGAAAAUAAUUUUGUUAUUCAGGGAGGAACAAGCGGACGAUUUCAAUCGAUCAAAGCUUUACAAAAAACAAAAGUUGAUGCCAAACAAUUUUCAAGCACCACAACCGUACUCGACAAGAAGGAUUCCACAAAUCCAGUUGCAAAUGUUUUUUCUCCUACUUUCACUGGAAGAUUUCCUGGACCAAUCCAUUGCAUGGAUAUGCAUCAUGAUCUUCUUCUUGUAGGAAGCACAAACGGAGAUUGUUUUUUAAAAACAUUUGAUGUGACAACAGAGAAGAAUAAUUGCAUGAUGGAUAUUUCUCCCAAUAAUGUUGUUAAAUGUAGAACAUUUUCUCACCCAAAGCUCAAGAAAACGGAGUCUCUACUGACCGUACCUUCCCCUGAACAGUACACUUUUAGCACAAAAAUUAACAACGUUCAAAUUCAACCAUGCGAACAACCAACCACAUUCCAUUCAAUUGAAAACAAUAGAUUACACGUUUGGUCAUUUGAGAAGGAAGACGCCCCAAUUCAAACAAUACAGGGAUCAAGAAGUCCACUAUGGUGUAGCUCAUGGUCACCACACAACAAUAGUCUAAUUUUGAUUGGAGGCGUAAGCAAAUCUGUCAAGUUGUUGGAUAUCAGAAGCAUGACAACCUUGAACACUAAGGAAAGUAUGCAAUUUUCUCAUGGAGAUACUGUAACUGAUGUAAAAUGGAAUCCUCUUCUUCCACAUUGGUUUGCAAGUUGCUCAACAGAUGGAUUGAUAUAUAUUUGGGAUCAAAGAUAUGCCAACGAGCCUAUGAAAAUUUUAGAAGGACAUAACAACAUUGUGAAAAAAGUAGCCUGGUCUCAUUCCCAUACUGAAAUUUUAGCUAGUGGUGGAGUUGACCAUUGUGUGAAAUUGUGGAGCUUGAGACUAGAACCUCAUCACGUGUUAUCAACUUUGGAUAAGGGGUACUUUACUGAUUCCAUUGUUGGUUUGCAUUUUUCUUAUACACAACCGAAUCAAUUCUUUGCUCAGUCAGCAAGUGGAGAAUUAAUUGCAGUUUCUAUAAGCCCUGAACAAAUUAAUUCUCUUGUUCAACAUCGAUUGGAAGACGAGAAAACCCAGGCUGAAAACGAGGCCAUUUCAAACAUUGAAACAUUAAUUUAUCAUAGAAACCUAAAUCAAGCGUUCCUCGAAGUCGAAAAGAUAGCCACAAGAUUGAAAGAACAGAACAAGCUUGAAAAGGCUUUAAAAUUGUUAGAUCUCUGUAAAGUUAGAACAGUUUCUGAGAAUGUAAAAAGUAACAAUCCUAAAGCUAGAUUCAAGAAGGAGCUAGAGGAUUUUUCAUAUUAUAUUCCUCCAAACAUAUCCAUCAUGAAAUUUAAAAAACCAGACGAAAAAAGAAUUGAAGAUUUAGUAUUGAAUUGUAAAAUACUUAGAUUCGUGCAGAAAAAUGAAUUUAUUGAAAUCGCUGCACUAGAAAAAAAGGUUACCGAGCUCAUCAAGACAGAUAGCCAAAGAAUUGAAAUAUCAACAAUUAAGGAUGUUAUUAACCUGUAUUUAGCACAUGACUACAGAAGAGGAAUGACUCUUGCAAUAGACAUUGCUGAAAUAUUCCGAAAGGAUGGGGAAAAAUUUGCCGAGUAUAUGAACAUUGUCAAAGAAGUUCUCAGCCCGACAAUAUUUGAAGUGACCCACAACCAAGCUCUUCGAGAAAGUGGUUAUAGAAGUUUAGCAAAAGCUUUCCAAAAUCAGGAUUACAUUAUUGAACAGCUAAAACUUCAAAGAGAUGUUUUUUGUGCAUUAUGGGAGUUUUCUGAUAGUGCUAUCAUGAUUAUCAAAUUUGUUGGAGACACAUAUUUAGAUAUUAUUUCAGUGGCAGUCCUUAGGUCGUACUUGAAUGCUUUAUUGUGCCAACAACUCUAUGACAAGUUCUUUAUUGUAUGCACCAAAUUGCUUCAAAAGAUUCAAGGAUACGACAUUGCUGUUAUCGUGCGUGACUUGAUGAAAAAUGUAGCAUUUGCAGAUUUGUUGAAAUUGUUGAAUUCUGAGAUUUUAAAUAGUGAGUUCCUAAACACCAUUGAGACAAAGUCUUCCAUAUCUGCAGCUAGGUCUUUCCCAGCCGCAAAGUGUUUGGAUUUCAUAGUUCAAACCAAGCAAACAGUAUUCUCUGUAAUUCGUAUUACCAUGUUUUGUCCAGUACUUCCUUCUUAUAUGAAUACCAUUAUUCAAGCAACAAUCCAAAAAUUAGUGGUAAUAUACGAGUUUGCAUUUGAGCAAAUUGGUAAAUCAGCUCAACACCAAAAUCAAGGUAGAAAACUUGCAGAAGAAAUCCUCAAACGAUUCGAAUUGAAGAAACUUGCUUCGAAGGAUGAUUUGCCUGAUCAUCAAGCGGAAAUAGUUAAAUUACUUCCCAUUCUUGAAGAGUUUUUGAAGAACUAA